AUGUUUACUGUAAGACCAUACCAGCAGAACAUCGGUAAGGUAAAACUGAUGCUCAAUGAUAUCUUCAAGGUCUCCAGAGUGAUAGGAACGUUCCCGAUCGACUCGGAAUAUUCGGGCAUCUCCAGAUAUAACCUCGCUGGAGGCGUAUUCUUGUACGUAAUAGGGAGUGGCGCUAUAACUGUGAUAACUCAUUGUAUGCCAAACGAUGAUGUAGCGCUGCCAUCGAGAAUUCUUUUCAUCUUUGAAAUUACUCCCAUCAUCUUCUUCCAUUCGAUAAAUUUACUUUGGCUCGUUGUGAACAGAGGGCUGAUGAAAGAAUUAUACGACGAGUUGAUGGAUCUCGAAUACCAACUUUGGAAGAGAGGUAUCGAUUGGUCAUACAAUCCAAGUCGGUGUCUUAAAUAUCUUGGUCCUAUUGCUAUGGCAUUUUUCGGUAUUUAUUGGGAGAUAUUUUACACAAAAUGGAAAAAUAUUGAAUUCCGCAUACCGCAACAUAUAAUCUAUCCUCCUCUUAUCAGUGUUACAAGUCAGUACUUGGCCUUACUCCAGGUUUGCCAUUCCUUAUUGAAGGUGAUAAGGACAAUUGAAGAAAGCGGGACUGUUAUAAAGUUGACUGAUAAAGUAUUGACUGCAUUGCAAAAGGUGAACACACUUUACGAACCACAGCUGCUGACUUACAUCUCCAAUUUAUUUGUUGUUAUCCUGGUAUUGGCUUAUUCGAAAAUCAACAUGUCCUCGCCUUUUUCUUUAGGAACUGUUUGCUGGGCUAUACCCAUCAUCAUCUUCCAUUCGAUAAAUUUACUUUGGCUCGUUGUGAACAGACGGCUCAUGAAAGAAAUAUACGAAGAACUGACAGAAAUCGAAAGCCAACUUUGUAACAGAGGUAUUUUACAUGAAAUGGAGAAACGUCGAAUUUCGCAUUCCGCAUCACAUGAUCUAUCCUCCCGUGUUCAGUAUUACAAGUCAGUAUUUGGCGUUACUGCAGCUCUGCCAUUCGAUAUUGAAGUUGAUAAGGAUAAUUGA